GGGACUGGAAAGCCUGUGCCCUGCUCGAAGGGGCGGGCCAGGAGGAGAGGAGGGCCGGGCAGCGUCUCUGAUGGAGUCUGUGUGCAGCUGGGGGAGCCGUUUUGGGGUGCGGGAGGAGGAGGGGGGAGCUGCUGAAUGAAGACGUGUGUGUGAUUUGCAAAGAAGGGGCGCAUUGCUCAGGAAAGAGCGAGCUGAGAGCAGCCCUGCGGGGCGCGAGGGCUGCUCCUUCCAAGGCCGCUGGGCUUCUCCAUUUCAGCCCCUCCCUCCAGGCGCAGGCCUGUGUUUCUGCUCUGAGGCAUGAUGGCCCCCAUGCUUGGUCCUAGGUUUGCAGCAGCUUCCCUCAGACAGCUGGGUAUUUGCAGUUCACGCCAAGAAGGGGAUUCAGGGGUCACUUGCUUGCUUCUUUGCUACUCAGAGGUGCCUCUAGGUCAUUUGGGAGCCUGGACCUAAAGGCCUUGGGGGGGGGGCUCCCCACACAUGUUAAGCAUCCUCCCCCUGAUGCACACAGUAUUUUUAACACGUGGGUUCUCGAAGGCACAAACCGAACUGACAAGAAUGUAUGACUAGAAAGCGGGUCUAGUUAUGCCCAUACGCAUGAGCAGAAACACUGCAACAUGCAACUUUAUUUAUUUAUUUAUUUAUUUAUUUCUACAUUUUAUAUCCCGCUCUUCCUCCCAGGAGCCCAGAGCAGGGUACUACAUACUUAGGUUUCUCCUCACAACGACCCUGUGAAGUAGGUCAGGCCGAGAGACUGGCCCAGAGUCACCCAGCAAGGAUUGUGGCUGGAUGGGGAUUUGGACUCAGGUCUCCCUGGUCCUAGUCCAGCACUCCAACCACUACUCCACGCUGGCUCUCUUUAACAUAUUAACAUAACUUUAUGUUAUUUAACAUAACGUAACAUAUUCCCUUCCCCCAUUUUUCUCCCCCCCCCCCCCCGCCGGUCUAAAGCAGAGGUUGCGUUUUAGACCACAUCACCUGGGACAGGCUGAGGAGGAUUCGAGGGCCCUCCGGGGUGUGUGGAGGCCCUGCACUUCUGCCCAGAAGACCAGGGAGAAGAGCGCCUCUGUCUUUACUUGAUAAAAUGCCCACCGCACCGCUGCAGGGCAAACACAGAACUUGAGCCAUGAAGGCCACCCUAUUGCAUGUUACACCUCCCGUGAGCAGAGACAGAAUAAUAUCCCACUUCCCAAAGUGGUACACACCAGAGGCCUGCCUCCAGUUCAAAGAUCACUUCCACACCCUGGUGAGGAGUGCCAGUCAGCAGCGGAACACUGGUGCUGUUGGGUUAAAAAUAUCCAAAGUGGUAGUGGUGGGAGACCUCUACGUUGGAAAAACAAGCCUCAUCAACAGGUUCUGUAAAGAUGUGUUUGACCGAGAUUAUAAAGCAACCAUUGGAGUGGAUUUUGAAAUCGAGCGUUUUGAGAUAGCUGGAGUUCCAUACAAUCUUCAGAUAUGGGACACCGCAGGUCAGGAAAAGUUCAAGUGCAUUGCAUCUGCUUACUACAGAGGAGCAGAGGUUAUUAUCACAGUCUUUGACUUGGCUGAUAUCCAGACUUUGGAUCACACCAAACAGUGGCUAGAGGAUGCACUGAGAGAGAACGAGCCAGGAUCCAGCUUCAUCUUCCUAGUUGGAACAAAAAAAGAUCUGGUGUCUGAUGCUGCCUGUGAGCAGACAGAACUAGAUGCCAUUCGCUUUGCCAAUGAGAUGCAGGCUGAGUACUGGUCAGUUUCGGCCAAAACAGGGGAAAAUGUCAGGGAUUUCUUUUCCCGAGUUGCUGCCUUGGCCUUUGAAAAGUCCAUGCUGAAGGAGCUGGAGAAGCGCAAUGGACGCCUGGCCCAGAUUGGCACAGGACACCUCAUCAAAGUGGAGGGGAGUUCACUGGAAGCCUCAGAAGCCAGCGUUCAGAGCAGCCCAAGCUGUUGCUAGAGGCCAGCCUUCAGGGCGAGUUUCUGGCACCACAUCAACAACUGAAUCUGGGAAUGGAGAGGAGGAGGACAAGGAAGUCACCAUGCAGACCCAACCUCCUUUCUCUUGCCUUCUGCGCUGAGAAAAUAGGUACUUACCUGAUGUACAUUCCAAGAGGGAAUGCUCCCAAGCCAACCUGCCUCACUGUCUCCAGGAAACGUUACCCUCUUAACCUGUAGAGAGCCUGCUUCCUUGACACAGAGAGACCUUAUGAGCAGAAAGGCCGGCCCCCCACAGGCUGUGGUCUUGAAGCAAGUUAGGAGUGCGUCCCUCUUGGCGAGUUCAGCUCUAUUGGCCUCUCUUGCCAGUUUUAAAUUCUGGUUAAGCCAGACCCCUAGUUAGCAUUAACUAUGGUGCUGACAUAACCCUAACCAUUGCUAAGGCCAGCAGGAUGGAGGAAGAGAGCAGGGAGGGACUGAGGGGAGGGAGCAUGCACCCUUGUUGCCUGCCCCCGAUCACGAUUAAGGGUCAGACCGUGUCAUGUCCACACUGGCCCACGGCGAAUGGCGGCCUUCCUAGUUUUCUUUCCCUGCCUUAGAGCUGAGGAGCUGUCGUACCAAACUGGUUGUUUUCAUGUCAAUAAUAGAAUUAAACCUACUUCUGAUGUA